UUUCUAACAUCAUCUCACGGAAAUGAGGUGACUGGUUGCGAUAAGUUCGGGUUUGACGAUAAAUACGUCUUGUUGCUAAAGAGACGGGUCGAACCAUCUCCCCUAUCUCCUAUAGGGGCUGGUCUGAUUUAUCUCACUAUAUUUACACUUUAUACUUACGAAACAAUCACCGCGGAUCUGAUCACCCGAAGGCUACUCGGACAGAUUGUUUGGAAUUGAUCACCAGUAGUGCAAUCUUCUAAAUCCUUUCUUGCGAGCUCUGUGUUAGUCUGGUUCCGCAUGGACUUGCUUGGAUCACGCUAGGAACCCUAUAUCAUUGGACGGAUUUCUACCUUACCGCAAAGGGACUAUUGAAGACUGUUUCAUUAAAUACGCCUGUGUCUACAGAAGGAUCCAAGGCCUUACUGAAACGCGCGAUCCUUGUUGGAUAAUUCCUACAAGCUCAACUCAUUCUAUCGGCGAGGAUAUAUCGAUCUCAGGAUCAACUGGACCUUUACGCUCUGACCGAAGCUACACUCUCCCGCGGCCAUGGCCGCCAAUAUGCCACAAAUGGGCGGUGGCGGCCCCGUACGGCCCCGACCGCCCCAUCAGCAGCUGUCACAGAUGGUUUAUACGCAAAUGAUGGCACAGGCCUCCCAGACCAAUGGUUGGCAGGAUCAGGUGUCGGUGAACCUUCGGGUCAGUAACGCUAUGAACUUGAUCUCUAAUUCAUUCCUUGCCAUGCCUACCGUACAGUCAGAUCAACUUAUCACGCAUGGUCUGUCUUUCGAACGUGAAGCAUAUCUAAAUUCAGGAGAUAAGUCGGUGUAUGACCAAAAGAUUAGCAGUCGCGUUCAAGAACUCUUCAAGCGGCGACAAGCACAUGAGCAAAGCCUUCAGAACAGCUUGAACAAUCAUACUGCACAAAUACAGGCACAAGCUCAGGCCCAGAUGAUUAUGAACCGGAAUAUGAUGCCGGGAGCCAUGGGUCAACCGCCACAACAUGGAUUCCAGCAUCUUCAACAACAAAUGCAACCCUCGCCCAUACCUCAACAAUCCCAUCAACCUGGCAUGGGAAUGGCAGGCCCGGGUGGCCUUUCAAUGAAUCCGAAUCAACAGACAAUGCAAAUGAAUGGUGGACAGAUGCGUCCACAGAUGCCUAUGAAUGCCAAUAUGGCUGGUCUGUCGCCUCAAGACAGAGCAAAAGUCACGCAAUUGGCUGUCACUAGGUUAAAUCAGACUCCAGAGCAGCAGAAGAACACCAUUCGUAUGAUGCUUCAACAAAAAAUGUCCCCACAGCAGAUGGCGCAGAUGCAACAAGACAACAUAGACCCGCUUCUGUUCUUUUUUCAGAACCAAAUUGUGCAGUCUAUGAAGGGGCAUGCUGGUGCCAACAUGGGCAAUAAUCACGCAGCGAUGCAAAUGCAAGCCCAACAACGACAGAUGAACCAAUCUGGGCAGCAAAUGAAUGGAGUUCCCAACGGCGAUUUUCCUUUUGAGAAUAUUAUGAACCAACAAAAGGCAGGAAUACUAGCUCAAGAAGCAGGGCAAAUGGUAGUGCCGGCGAGCAGUGGACCUGGUCGCAAUGCUACACCUCAGCCCAUGGGCGGAGUACAAAUUCACAACCCCGGCAAUAACCCCGGCAUUAACCAAGCCGGGAUCCCAAACCAACUUCAACCGCAAUUCACUCUGCCGCAAGCUCAACAACUCAAGAUGGACCAGAGAGCAGCUCAAUCUCAAGCGCAAAUCAGGGCACAAGCUCAAGCUAAACAGAUCCAGGGCCAACCGGGUGGAAUAAAUGUCCCAGGUCACAUGUCCCAGAGUCCAGGUAUGAAUACUCUUAAUACUCCCGUUCGCCGCACUCCCGUGGGGAUGGGCCAGGGUGAAGGACAACCACAAAUGGGUCAACCCAACGGCCCAUUUGCGCAGGGAAUGGACCCUCGGUUUAAUCAGGGCAACCAGAGGCUUCAGAAUUCUAAUCUUGACCCGCGGGUACUCGCCAUGCUUGGUCGGUUGCCCCCGGAGCAGCGCGGCCAAUUUUUUGCUCUCCCCCCGGACAAGAGGGGUGAGAUGAUUAAGCAGUGGACAUCACAGACACCAGCCGGAGCAACCGGUCAAAUACCCGGACGAGGUCAGCCUCCGACGAACCAGUUUGGACCCCAAGGCAACUCCAUGGCCCCGUUUGGUCCGGGGAAUAACGCCGGCCAACAGCCAAAUCCCAACGCGCCAAUGAACCCUCAGAACCAAAUGCAUCUCCAACAACUGAACAGGAUGCGGAUGCAAAAUAUGGGCCGGCAAAUGCCCGCAGACAUGAACGCAUUUAUGGAUUCUAUGGAUGUGGCACCGAGAAUUUUAGAACAAUUGAGACUGUCUCAAGGAGUCCCGCCUGAACUUAAGAAAUGGGGACAAGUAAAGCAAUUGCUUGCCCAAAGGAAUCCUGCUAAUCCGAUCUUGGCUCAGCUCCAGGCCUUCCAGACCGCCCAGUUUCAAAAUUUCUUGAAGCAACGAGCCGCCGCUGGAGGAAACCAAGGGCCGCAACCCAAUAUGCCACCCCAGGGACCACAACCUACACACCAGCAAAUGCCUACGCAACCUGCAGCUAACAUGGGCCCUUUCCAGGGUAUUACCGUAACUGCCCAGGAAAUGCAGAAUCUCAAGAAUCACGACAAAUUCAAGCAUUUGCCGGAUGAUAAGAUUAGACAAGCUGUGAUGCAGAUGAAGAUGAAUCAGCAUUUGAGGGCGAGAGCAGCCGGACAGGCGCCAAAUGCCCAAAUGCAGACACUCCAGACGUCCCAAUCAGCUAAUCCGAGCCUCAACACGUCGGCACCGCCUCCAAACAUGCCCAACGUACAACAGCAGCAACCACGCCAGCAAAACAUGGCACCUGACGCUAAUGCGGCGGGUUCUACGGCUCCUCUGAGGAAUAAUAAACAAGCUCCGAAUAAUCGCCAGCCACAAACUACAGCUCCGGCCGCCCCCCAGAAAAAUAAUCUGAAACGUGCCAGUACCGACGAUGUAGUUGAGGUGCCCAACCCGUCUAGCACCCCGGUCCAACGUCCCCCCUCUCAACAAGCUCAAGCUCCUGGAUCUGUCACCCAUUUACCUCAACUGAGCCAACAACAGAUCGCUAGCCUCACAUCCGAACAGAGGAACAAGUAUCUCGAAGCUGUUAAAAAGGCUGGUGGACCUCCAAUGUCAGAAGAGAUGCAGCGCCUCAAGACCAUUGGCCAAGAAGAACAUACUAAUACGGCUAAUUUGAACUAUAAUGAGAUUCCGAUGGCGCCGGAAGUGUAUCAGGAGAUGGCGCAAAAAAUCCGGUCGAUGGUUUCCGAAGUCCAAAAGAUUAGUAGAAUUUUGGGCCGAUGGUAUACCCUCACCAAAGAUGAAAGUCGAGCUAGGAUGUUUUUCAAAAUGCGACUUCGUUUAGUUAAACAAUUUGCGGACGGUGAGAGGAUGACGACCCUAAAGAAGGCGUUCUCUUUGCAACCAAAGGAUCUAGAGGCCUUGAGGGGGAUGUUGGAAAGCAUGGCUAAGGACGUAGCCACGCAAUAUCCACAACAUUCUCUAAAAAGAAAUAUCACACAACAACAGAAUGGGGCGGAGUCGGGCACCCAGCAAACCACCGGCGAGAACACAACCGCACCGCCGGUUGGUCGGCCAGCGCCGCUUAACGCUGUCAAUCUCGAGAAACAAACGCAGGCCCUCAACAAAAUGCACCAGAGGACCGGUAGUAAGAGUGGGCAGCCUCCUGCUGCACCAACUACCUCACAACCUCCGUUUCAGUUUGGUGCGCAGUCCCCUGAUGGCCGGCCAACAUACGGCGGAGAACCGGCUAUCACUCAGACAAAUCUCCAACUUCCUGCUCGCAAGAAAGCCAGAACUGGGGCACAACCUGGUGCUGGAUCGGGUGGUCCGAGCGCAAAUUCGUCCCCUCAAGUCCAAAAAGCUGCUUCUCCCGAAAUGGUGAAACGACCGGCAUCUGAAAUCAAGCUAACAAAGUUGCAAUUCCACUGUCCCGAGGCGAACUGCGAUGCGCAUACCAUUGGCUUCUCUACAGAGGAGGCUAUGCGAAAUCACAUCGAGGAAGAACAUACUAAACCUCGUCAGAAUCCGUUGCAAUAUGUGACGGAGAGUCUGGCUGUGGCGCUCGGAUUAGAACCGGACGGCAAUUCCAAGCCGGCACCAGUUGCUCCAGCUGCCGCUCCUGGCCCGUCUCAUACGCCAGCCCCUCCUAUGACUCGCGACAUCUCUAAGCAAGGUCAGACGCCUAUGAGCAGAGUUGAGGGAACGCCGAUGUCUCGAGAGGCGUCUUCGAUGAAGCGGCAAAGUAGCUCUGUUGGUGCUAAGCCUACGGACCUAAGCAAAGUAGCCGCCGGAAAGGCGAGCACACCGAAGCCCGACUCUACGAUUAAGGGAACCGACGGUGCUUUGGGGGCUGGAAGACCAGCGGAUGAAAGGCCGCAAGCAGUUGGAGCGGACGCCGCUUGGGCAACAAUGACUAUAGAUCCGCAAGAUUUGUUCCAGAACUUGGGAGGCCUUGAGGGCGGUGGAAAUGGCGCGAUAUCUGACAUGAGCGUGUACCGAGCAAUAUCACCAAACAACACGCCAGAGUCUAGUAAGGAUAGCGCGUCUUCGGAACCCAAUAGCGAUGUUUCGGAGGGUGUCUCGCUUAACCUGAAGGUGGACAUGGGCUUCGAUGUAUGGCACCCGUUCGGAGGUGGCCAGUUUUUCGACCCAGAGUCGGCCGCCUUGGACCUCCCUGACACGGAUUUGAAUGGUACGGGUGCAGGCGCAUUUGCACCAUUCUCGUGGGAUGACAUAGACAACGAUUUCAAUGGCAAGUUUGAGCUAGAUACUAGUCUCUACUCAUUGGAUACGACGUAGAAACGUUGCGUAUGUCCUUACGAUGCCCUAAUCGAGGAUAGAGUGUUUCUAUUUCACGAAUGUAAUGCAGGUUGGGGAAUUGCCCCCCCUUCAAUUUUUUUUUUUUUUCGCGAUGGACGGAUCCUCGGCCGGGAUGAGAAAUGCUAUGCAAUCGAUCGGGCGGAGGCUUCCCCGGGCGAGGGGGAGGGCGUUGCGGAAUCCUAUCAAUUUUUUUUUCUUUCUAUCGGAAGGUAUUUAUGGAUUUACGACGAGGUGAGGCCGGGUAGGACGAGGUAGCGGAAAAAUUCUUUGAUCUUGACAUGGCAAUGGGGUAGGUUCGAGACGGGGACCCAGCCUAGGUCUUUAUGGAAGCAGCUAUAUAGAGCUGGAUGGCAUCACGAUACCCACAAAAGAUAGGUGGACAGCGAAAAUAGUAUUGAUUAUACCUUUACAAAGACAAUGUUGUUGCACACUUCUUAUCUUGAGCUUUCAUACUUGAGUAAAUUUAUGAACUACAUAUUACCUAGGUACCUAUUUUUUGAGUUCAUGUAGUCUGGGGUACGAAGGCAAUCAACUUAGAGAAGCUUAA